CAGCCCUGGCUCCAGGGGCGGGCGGCCUCUUGCCGGGCCCGCGGCCUUGAUCGGCCGGCACCCGCGCGGCUUGCCGACUGGAUGCCGCUGCUGACGCUGUACGUCGGCCCCGGCUGCAGUCUCUGCCGAUCCGCGCGCUUCUGGCUCCGACGCCUGGCCAAUCGAGUGCCGGGGACGCGCUUGCAGGAGGUCGAUGUGACCACGCGGGAGGCCCUGCUGCAGGCCUACGGGCACCAGCUCCCGGUGGUGUGCGUGGACGGCGAGGAGGUCUCGCUGCUCCGGUUGGACACCCCCGCCAUCCGGGAGGCCCUCGAGGCCGCUGUCGCCACCGCUCCGGCGCCCGAGUGA